AUGGCUCCCUGGCCACUGCCGCCGUCGCUGCUGCUGCUGCUGCUGCUGGGCUCCGCCGCGCGCCCCGCGGCCCCCAGGGCUCCGCGACACUCGGACGGGACGUUCACCAGUGAGCUCAGCCGCCUGCGGGACAGCGCGCGGUUGCAGCGGCUGCUGCAGGGCCUGGUGGGGAAGCGCAGCGAGCGGGACACCGAGAACCGCACCUCCUGGUUUAAACCCACUGAGGGCCAGCUGUGCCUGCUGUGGUCAGACGAGCCAGCCCUGCAGGCCUGGUGAGCACCCGCGGCCUUCACCCACAUCCUGCCAGCCCUUUCUCCCGUCCCCUGCAACCUCAGGGCUGCUGCUGGCCAGGCAGUGGUCUCUAGCUGCCAUCCCAGCCCUCGGCUUCAUGUCUCUGCAGGAUGCCGCCGAGAGCCCCUCUGCCUCAGGUCUGGUCUCCCUGGCUGCCUAGUGUGGCUAGGCCUGGUCACAGUUCCAGAGGCGGCUGAAACCACCCAGUGGGCCAGAGGAGGACAGAGGAGGACCAGAGAGGACCCUGGGGCGGGGAGGGGCUGUACUUGGCACUAAUAAAGGAAGAACUCACACCCGCCUCAGGAGCCCACUGUGCGUAUCUCCUUACACCAGGGCAGCCCCUGCACAUCAGGCUGCCAGGAGGAAGGAGGGCGCUAUCCUCCUGCUCCAGGGCUACAGGUGACCACACCCAGCUGCCCUUUAAACCUGGGUGA